AUGGUGCAAACGCAUUGUGGCCUCCUUUUCUUCCUGGAUGACUGUACACUGGGAGCAGAAGAACACGGCCAUGCAGUCUCCACAGCAGGAACCUUCGAUACCAAAACGUUUCCUCAAUUCCGAUCGCCUUGCAGUCUGAACGGUCCAGUUGAGCCACCCGAGGCUAAGACAACCCCACAAGAGGCACUGAGGACAGAAGUCAGCGGACUUUUGAGAAUCCCAAAUAUUGAGUCGGAACCUACCUCGCCGUUGAAGAUGCUGAAGUUUCUCAGAGAUGGGUCCUUCAUUCUAGCCGAGGUCUUUCCAAACGUCACAUAG